UGUUAUUGUUGAUUAUCUGGCGGCCGCCUCCGAUAUCCAGGUCAUAUGGAGAAUCAGAAAUCAAAACAUUAGUGAUCUUCCUUCUUUUCUGCCGCUGCAUUCUUCUCUCCCACAACACCAUGCCUGUUGCUUGAUUUUUGAUUUUGAGAAGAAGAGGACUCAGCAGAGAACUGAGUUUCUACGUCCUGUGUGGCUACGACUACAAGUCAAAAUGGGGAGGUUGAAUUACUCUGCGAGAAAGAUUGAAGGCUUGAAGGCGGGACAAGUCUUGUCAAAAGAUCUGAAAAAACGGAUCCCACCCGGAAUCUUCUCCAAAGCUGCUGCGCGAGACCCGACUUUGGAGAUCGACAUUGCUGAUAAGCACUUGACGGACGAAGGAUUCGACCUAUUCAUCGAUGAUCUGAUAGAGUGCAUCGAGUACAGAAACGACGAACAUCUAGAUGGGAUUGUCAGGCUGGCAGAGCUCCAUCUACAAGGCAACUGUCUGACGGCCCAGUCUCUGAAGAAGCUCGCUCGAGUUAUCUCCCUCAGUGCAGGAGACCUAAGAGAGCUCGACCUUUCCGAUAAUAAGAUCGAGAUCCAACAGCUGGAACAUCGUAUGACAUGGCAGGAGUUUCUUGAAUCCUUCCAGGGAUGCUACGUCCUCAAGAAGCUCGACCUCAGUCGAAACCCUCUUGGACCUCGUGGGGCGGAGAUCCUAGCCCGAUCCUAUAUGCAAAGCGAGCUGGACUUUUUGGAGUCCGGUCUAGAUGAAGUGGAAACGGCCGCAUGUGAGAACGAGGACCUUAAUGAGAGAGUGCACUCCUUGACGCUUGGUGCUGGGAAAGAGAACCAGACGCCUAGAAGUAGCUCCAAGAGGUUGUCCAGCAAGGGAGGGACCCCUUUGUCAGGCAAACAGUCCCUUUCGUCAGUAGAGAAAAUUCCAACUCAGGCUGAUGCCAAGCACUAUGCUUGUACCAGGGGACUUCGUUCGAUUCCAUAUCUGAUCUUAUCUGACAUAUGCAUGACCAACGCCUCUGCUGUACACCUAUCCACCAUGCUAAGUAUCCAUCGUCCAGCGGAGCACCUUCUCAGCUAUCUUCCUGGAGGAAAAGCUCUCGUCCUGCCUGAUACGGCCACUCAUUGCAAAGGGAUCAUAUGGCUACCAAACAAAGACUUGGGCCCCCUCGGCCACAAGCUGCUAGAUAUGGCGGAACGAUUCCGCGAUAUGGCGUCUGACAUUGACUCGGACGAAGAAUACGCGGAGGAGUACAACACGCCUUCGAAGAUCACCGGUUACGAUGAGCCUUUGGCGACCGAUAGCCCGUCGUAUGACGACGGCAUCAGAAGACAGCGCCAAAUGCGAAACAAGAUGAGCAUUGAAUACUCGAGGCUCGCAAAGAGAGUGCGUAUCGAAGUGUUGCAGGCAGAAGGCGUCCACAGUGCAGAUAUAUGGAGCGUUACUUUGAAGAUGAUGGUCAUAUGCCGGGCUCUACUUUUGGAUGAUAAGGACCGUCAUGCGGAUGCAUCAACAGGGGACGGACAUCAACCUGAAAAGCAAUCGGAGGAAAAGGGAGAAGGUACUCUCGAGAUUAGAGAGCCAGCAGCUUCUGUUACUGCAGCAGACAUCGUGCGAGGACGUUACACCUCGCACGGUAACGACUUUGCCUCAGAGUUCCCAGCACUUCCAACUUCCAAGCCAAACUCGACAGUUGAGACUCCGAAAAGGUCAAGAAAUGACCGCCAUUCGACGCCGCCUUCGCAGAACCAGACUACACAUGCAAGCAGUCCCCACGUCCGUAACAGUCCCGCCGUGUCUUCUUCAUCUGGGAAAGUCUCAUGGCGCUUCGGCCUACCCAUUGAGGUUUGGCGCAUGAUCAUUUCUGAGGCUGUAGGCGCGAAUGGAAUCCUAGAUAGAGAACAACAGCUUCGCGUUAUGAGAUAUGCUUCCGAUUGGAACGCGCUUGCCUACGAGUUAACCAUCACAGGAGCUGCAGAGCACCAGCAAAUCUGGAAGUUCAUCGAUACUGUCAAUUGCUUCACAUACAAUCCGCUCUUCUGAAGUAUAAACAGGCAGGCAGAAGCUAUGACUCAUUAGCAUUGCAGGCGAUGGCAGGGGUAACGCGUCUAGAAAUUUCUUUACCAUUUCCUUUCCACUUUCGAGUUCUUCUCAUUUCGAUGCAGCAAUUCCUUUUUGUAUCCUCACAUCACACCACAAGCAUUUCGGCGACCGGAGUCCCCUUCUUUUCAAAAGACAUACCAAAUUGAUUUCGGAAUUGCCUCUCAUCAAAAGGAGUUCAUCAUUAAUUCUGUU